GUAGCUGAGUGGUUGAUGGUGAGAAGCGAGCUGCUUUCAAUUCCGCAUUGAGCUGCGCUUGAAGAAGUUUUUUUUUUGUCUUUCUCGCAUGACCGAUCGCCCGUUGAUCGCCAUUGUUUAAGAGAUUCUGGUCAAGGUACUGCAAGUGCGCCAAAGACACGAGCUUUCCUGGAUCAACCCUGCGCCAGAUACCUACAUAUUCAUGUCUGUGUUCCGACCUAAAGUGUACUGCCCCGUGUUCGUGCCCACUGUCGAGAUGACCGAGGUGAUCCUUAGCAGCACUGGCCCCAUGGAGGACAUCAGGCUCAGCCCCACCAAAGCUGGACUGACCUUCCAGAUCUUUCCAGACCCAUCGGACUUUGAGCGCUGCUGCAAGCUGAAGGACCGGCUGCCGUCCAUCGUGGUGGAGGCGACGGAGGGGGAUGUGGAGAGUGGGGAGCUGCGCUGGCCCCCGGAGGAGUUCCUGAUCCCGCAGGAGCAGGAGGACGCCGAGCUCGCCGACGGAACCAUCCAGAAUGGACAGACGGAGCAGAACUCUCAGCACUAGAGAGACACACACACACACACACACACAUACAUACAUACAUACAUGUACACAUGCACACAGACACACACUUACACACACACACACACACACACACACUUACAAGCGUACAUAUUCAUAUACAUACAAAUACACGUUGCACACUUGCUUACAUACGUAACGACCUGUGGACAACGCCACCCAUGUACACGUAUUCACAUCAGAAGAGCGCAGAUGCAAACACACUCGUGUGUAACAAAGACCUCCUGUGAUUCCUCUGGACUCUGGAUCACUUCUGCAAAACCCUCCCUUGCCUUCACCAACCUAUACGCACACCAGCAUCACACACACACACACACACACACACACACUGAUAACGGCAAUUUCCUCCUCUAGUGUGUUUGUCGUCAGAGGUGUGUGUCAAAAAGGAACAAAAGACUUUUGUCGAUCUUUAGACCCCGUCCUCCAAGUAGUUAGUGGAAAGACCUCCUUAAUCAUCGGAUCCCAUGAAGGACAUCCGUACUGUGAUCAGUUAGAGAUUACACUGUGCAGAGUCUGCCACUGAAGGAUUCCAGAGCUAGUAUUUUUUUUUUUGUUCGCUCUUUCUUUUUCACCGUGUGUGUGUACAUACCUGUCACUAUUUUUUUUGUUGAAAUGCCAUCUGAAUCUUACAGUUGCACAUAAGAGGGACACAAAUGAAGCCGAUAACAAAGCUAGAAAUAGAGGAGAAAUAGUGACGUUUAAGUGCAGGAGUUUUAAGUGUUGAAAUGUCAAGACUUCAGAUCUCGCAGAUAUACAUGGAGAUGACUAGAGAUGGGAAGAGUGGGUGUGGGGGGCGAAGAGAGGUUUUUGGUUUAAAGUAAUAAUCAAGAUUUCCUCUGCACUGAUCCUGAAGACAAGACACUGUAACUGUUAGAUGGCCAUGGGAACUGUCAAAAGUGAGGGGAAGGGGGUGGGGGGGGGGUGUAUAUAUAUGUUGGUAAAAAGGAGCACUGAACCCGCUCCAUCAUUUGUCCUGUGUUUGCCAUGACGUUGGUCUUCGAUCUCUCCCUACACCAUGAAGCACUUCUCUCUUUCCCAUGACCAUGUUACUUUUUUUCCCCACAUGCAUUCAUGGUUAAAAAGAUUUAGAUGAAAUACUCAUCCAUUCUUUUGAAGGGGUGUGGGGAUGUAUUGGAAAAAGCUGAAGGGUUCUUAUAUUACUCUGCAAAGUCAAGCACUGCACACAGUUGUUAAGGUUUUUUUUCUUUUUAAUGUUUAUGGUGGGGAGCUGUAGCCCUAGCUACUACGGGCAUGUGGCGCACGUCGCCAUGGGAACUCACCUGUGGGGUUUGUUUUUGUAAAGUUCUUUUGUGUUCUCCUGUAUCGUUUCCCCCCCUUUUUCCAACGACCAUAGGGCUUUGUACAGAAUAUUUUCUCCUAAUAUAGCGAACUUAUACAAGCAUUCUCUCAUACACACUGAUACACAUACUGUAUGUAGAUCACUUCUUACUUUUGUAAGCUCAGGGAGAAUAGCCACCAUGUUGUUUUUUUUAUUUUUAUUUUGUAUGUAGACCACGUUCCCCUGCGACUAGCAGGGAUUGUAAAUAAACAUUUAAAAGUGCUUUCCAA